AUGAGAUUCCUCAAUGCCCACUUCACGGUCGAUGGAACAAUAUCGAGGUGGGACGGUGAAGCCGAUGAGAAGCGACGUUGCGCGGAACUGUGGACUAAAAAUACGGGCCAGCAUGGGCGCUGGUUCCCGCUGGUGGAGGCGAGCCAGGCUUUGGCAGGGGCCACUGUCGGCGCACUAGUCCGUGUUGGGCACCUCCUGCUCGACGCUCCGUGUCCAAGUUACCGUCAGAUCCGAGAGUCACGUGAUAAUCGGCCAACUGAGCAGCUUGAUUCUGCUUUUCGAUUUGUCUGGUCACCACUUUUGCCCUGGCAAGCGGCCACCAGAGUCGCUGCGACAAGUCAGAGUUGCUUUGAAAUGACGGCGCUAGCAAGUCUCGGACCCGUGGGACCUUUUGACGGGAUCCCCAUGGCUGACCAUGCGUGGAUACCUAUACGAUGUCGCAUAAGGCUGGAUUUGUUUCCUGACACUUGCAGUGUCGGUCAGUCGAAUUUGUGCUGCAGACUGUGCCGUGCCGUGGCGAUGGCGUUCAAUACCCGACCUUGUCAGACUUCCGAUCGUGAGCUACGGCAUUGGCACAAACCGCCUGCCUCUCUGGGUGUGGCCAGACUCGGUUGCCGGGAAUGUCUGCGCAGUGCUGGGAAUAACCAUCUGGUGGACUCUUCAGUUCCAGAGCAAGCUAAAGAAAAUUCUUCAUCGGAGGCGUCAACGCCUCCUUGGAGCAAAGACUCAGGGCAGACGCAGAAUUGUCCUCCCAUCUCUUCACUAACCCAGUGGGGGUCGCUGAGUGGCGUUCGAUGUCAAUGGGUCACUUCUUCUCAGGAGCCUCUUUGCCCUCCCUCCUUGCCCUCCCUCUAA